UCACAACAAACAAGCGAACGCAGCAAACACCGAUAGUUUUGUUCAUAUCACAUUUCAUUCUCUCUUCCUGAACAAAAGUAAAGUCAGUCUCGUCUCCCGCAUUUUUUUUUUUUGCUCUGCGAAUUGUGCAACGUCAAAUAUUUUUUUAAUCACGUAAAUGUGAAUACGAAAUGAGAAGCUGCACUGUCAUCGCAAGCACUGAUCGCUAUCAACGACGACGACGACGACGACAACAAAGUAGAAAGUUGACGUUGGAACAGCGAUACGAUCACAUCAUCGAUAUAUGCUCCGUUUACCUGGCUAGAAAAUUGACGGUAAACAAUUGCAUCGAUAUGCUUUUGUUUGCCAAAAAGCAUCGAAUUUACCGACUUCUUCGAUUGUCCGCUGUGUUCAUCGAUCAAUAUUUUGAUAUGAUCUUUACUUCGGAUGAAUUCAUCGAAUUGGAUGCCGAUCACCUGUACCACUUGUUGCCCGAGCUGAUUUACGAUGAAAUGACCGAGGAUGAUGUGAAGAAUGCCAUAAUAUUUUGGUCAAAGUACAAACGGGCUGAACGAAAGAAGUACACCGAUGUUUUGUUGAUGACUGUGGAUCAAAAUAAGCGCAUAAACGUACAACUUUAACACGAAGUGGCUAGUGAAGUGGCAAACAGCAUACAAACCAGUGAUAUAACACGCAGUCAAACUGCACAGCAAUUGAAGUCACCUAAUCAACGCGAACGGAUGACCUUGUUUCCCUAUUACAUUUUAUCAAUCAGCUGUGUUUAAAACCGAAUCUCAUCAUUCCAUCAUAGUUCAAAAAAGUUACAAUUAAAGUCUAUCUCUAUUAAAAUGUAGUUUUACGGAAAAUUUCUAUUUAUUUUCUAUUUUUUUCCAAAUAUUUUUCCUCCAAUUCAGACUUUGUAAUUUGGAUGUUCCUUAUAAAAAAAAAACAACUGAAUCAAAAAUACAGUUCAAACACGAAAUGUACAUAAAAUUGGAUGAUUAAAUCACAAUCAAUUGAAAAUGCAAUUGACAGUAAAAAAAAAAUAGAAAAAAAAAUAUCUCAAACAAAUAAAUAAAAUAAAAAUCAAAUCUCCAUACAAAUUUUGUGUUCAUAAUUCAUUCAAUCGAAUGUCAUAAACAGCAAAAUCUCAAAUUGCCCAUCAAGUCACCACGAGUGUUGUAAAGCCCAAGUCGUUCACAAACCAAUGACCGAACUGUCAAACAUGCACAUUUGACGUAUUUGAGCUACGCAUCAGCUGUCACUAAACUUGAACGGCAUUCAAGCACGUGUAACGCGUAUUUGUGUGUGUUUUUUUUAAUACCGUAAGCACAAUAUUUACACCGAAAAAAUGCGAAAUUUAAAAUUAUUAUACAGCCGAACGGCUCAAUUAGAUUUGAGCGAGGUGAAUCACAUAAAUUUGAGUACCGAAACCGCUGGUACAACAUUCAUAGCAUCGAGUGAUCAAUUAUCAACGUUUGACUGGGAACAGCGACAAAUAAAUGCAAUUGCGCCGCUAGAAAAUAAAAUUGUCGGUUUUGAGCAUCUAUCGUUGAAUAAUGAAUUGUGUGUGGCGACGGAAGCGGGUGAGGUUAUUGUGUACAAUUAUCAUCAGUCGACAAAUGAAUCGGUGACAUUUUGUGAAGGUGGUUUAAAGGCGAUGACAUGGUCGCAUGACCAAGAAGUCGUUGCAUUCGUGACACAAGUCAAUUUAUUGGUGGUCAUGAACAGUGCUUAUGAUCCAAUUGCUGAGGUGAACCUUUUGGAUGACAGUUUCGGCGAUGAAGCGUUUAUCAAUGUUGGUUGGGGCAAGAAAGAGACACAAUUCCAUGGUACUGAAGGUAAACAAGCGGCACAUAAGAAACCAGAUGAUGUUCCAGUCGACGAUGUUACGGCAUUGGAACAACGCAUUUCGAUCGUGUGGCGAGGUGAUGAUGAAUAUUUUGCCAUUAGCUUCGUGGGAAAAAGCGGACGAAUGUUUAAAGUGUUCGACAAAGAAGGAAAGUUGAAAUACACAUCAGAGAAAUUAGCCGGUUUGGAGGCACCGAUUGAUUGGCGACCAACUGGAAAUUGGAUUGCAAUUCCACAUGUCCUACCGAAUAAGUACACAAUCGCUUUGUUCGAGAAAAAUGGAUUGAGACAUCGUGAAAUUGUUUUACCAUUCAAAAAAGAACAAGAGAAGGUCGAACAAUUACUUUGGAGCAGUGAUUCAGACAUUUUGGCCAUUUAUACCGAGCAUGCGAAUGGAUCAACCAUUUAUUUGUACACAAUUUGCAAUUAUCAUUGGUAUCAAAAGCAAACAUUGCAAUUUAGCGCCAAGUGUCAGGCCAUUCAAUGGGAUAACAACUAUUCAGAGGGUAAAUCGUUACAUGUGAUUGAAGACAAUUUGCGGUACACAGUUUAUCGAUGGGAUCAUUCAAUUGCCCGUUCAACUGGUUCGACCGGUGACGACCAAACGCUUGUUGCCGUAAUCGAUCGUGAAAAUCUGCUAUUGACUAAUUUCCGUGGUGCUGUGAUACCUCCGCCAAUGUGCGGUUCCACGUUGGCCCAUUUAUCACCAAUCAAUUACGCUGGAUUCAUUCGUCAGCCAUCCAAUGCAUCGAAUUCCAAUCAAUUCUUCAUCGUCGAUGCCACGAAUACAUUCUCCACUUUUGAGUGUACUUUUGAACGUAAUCCCGAACGAAACAUCAACCUAAUCGAAGAAACAAAAUUGAUACAAAGUUAUAAAAUAACUCAAGAUAACAUUGCUCCUCUAUUCCACCAGCAUUGGAUAUGGUUGAAUGAUUCGCAAGUAAUAUUCAGUUACAUCAAAGACGAUGCAACGGUGCUGUGUCUCGCUGAGCUCGCCCAAGGUCAAUUAAAUAUUUUGAGUGAAGAAUCAAUCGAUGGAAUUGUUGGUAAUUUAGUUGGCUCUGACAAGAGCUCGAAAAUUAUUUAUCAUUUGACUUGUGGCAAAUUCGGAUCGAUUGAGGUCGUAAAUUCCGAAUUGCAAGAGCGUGAAUUCUUAUUCGACGUGAACACAUUCUGUGAGCGAAUCGAUUGUGUCACGAUCAAUGACGUGGUGAAAGUGAUUGCAUUGAAAAAUCAACAGAAUCUGUAUGUUGACGGUGACAAGGUGGCUUCGGAUGUAACAUCAUUCCUGUUGACCGAGCAGUUUAUCCUGUUCACGACGCUCGACCAAUUGAAAUUCAUUCGAUUGGACGGGAAUCAAGUGAUCAACGAGCGUCGAAUCGAACGAGGUGGUCGAUUGGUUACAUCCGUUUCACAUGAUUCACGUACAGUACUGCAAAUGCCACGAGGCAAUUUGGAAACGAUUCAACCGCGUGUUCUUUCAUUGGUCAUCAUUGGUGAACUCCUGGACGCUCAUUCGUAUCGUAAAGCCUUUGAUUUGCUGCGCAAACAACGGAUCAAUUUGAAUCUUUUGGUCGAUCACAAUCCAGUCGAUUUCUUAGCACAUAUUCCCGAGUUUAUUAUGGAUAUUGAUAAUAUUCAAUGGUUGAAUCUAUUUUUAUCCGAUCUACUCAAUGAAGAUGUGACCACGACCAUGUACGCAAGUAACUAUCAACAUCUGAAGAAUCGUUGCGUUGAAACUGCGUUCGCUGACUCAAACAAAGUCCAAGUCAUUUGUGAGAAAUUCUGCGAUGUUUUCGAACAAGAUUCAACGGUAAAACACCUCUUGCCAACGAUCACCGCACACGUGAAACGGAAGAAUUUCGAGAAGGCAUUGGAAAUGCUGUGGCGCGUUCGUCAAACUGAAUUGAAUCCAACCGAAGGGAAUAAAGCUGCGGUCAGUGCACAGGAAGCGUUGAAAUACUUGCUCUAUCUGGUGAAUGUGAAUGAUUUGUAUGACGUCGCAUUGGGAAUGUACGAUUUCGAAUUGGUGCUGUUUGUCGCACAAAAAUCACAGAAAGAUCCCAAGGAAUAUCUACCAUUUUUGAAUGAGUUGAAACAAUUGGAGGAAAAUUAUCGCAAAUAUCGAAUUGAUAACCAUUUGAAGAGGUACAGCAAAGCAUUGGAACACAUCGUGAAAUGUGGCGUGGAGAAACUGGAAGAAUGCUUGGAUCUGAUUGAGAAGCAUAAUUUGUACACACAAGCGCUGCGGCUGUUUAAAUCGAGCGAUGAAUGUUACAAUGAUAUUGUCAUUCAAUAUGCCGACCAUUUGCGUGGAAAGAGAAUGUUCUAUGAGGCCGCUUUGAUGUAUGAACGUGGCAGUGACUUUAAACAAGCCGUUUUGUCGGCCAAACACACAUUGGAUUGGAAAAAGUGCUUGCGAUUGGCGACUAAGUGCUCAUACUCGAAGGAAGAAACGGAGAAUAUUUGCUUAUCAUUAUUACCCGCUCUGCAAGAGAACAAUCGAUCCGAAGAAGCCGCAGAUCUAAUCCGGUACUUCAAUCCAAACAGUGAGCAACUCAUCAAAGUACUAUGCGAUGGAAGACUAUACCAAAAGGCAAUUAUGGAGGCAGCAAAUGUGUCUGAGCUACAAAAUGACUUCGUUCGAAAUCAUCUGAAUGAAUUUGCGAGUCGAACCAUUGAAAAAAUCCAGGCCAACCAAACACAAUUCAAAUAUCAAGUAACGCGAUUGCAAACGGUUCGCAAAGAAAAGGCCGAAAAGCUGUUGAAUGGCGAUGGAGAAAAUGAUGAUUGCGAUAUGUUCUCAGACACAACGAGUAUGAAUUCAUCGCGGUUCACGGGCAGCUCCAGAGGCACCGGUAAAUCAUUCAGAUCGAGCAAAAGUAAACGGAAACAUGAACGCAAAUUGAUGAGCUUGAAAGAAGGCAACCCAUUCGAAGAUAUCGCUUUAAUCGACGCCAUUUAUACAUCGGCUCUCACGAUUUAUGGACAACAACAACAAACCCAUGAUAUUUUGAAGUCGUUGGUCGAUUUGGAAUUGGAUGGCGUAGCAAUUGACAUUCAAAAAGCAUUCAAUGCAUUGUUAGAGGACGUUAAACGAUCAAUGGACUUGGUGUGGCUGCCCGAGAUGAUGGUCUUCGGCGAAAUCAAAGUCGAAGAAUACAUGGACUAUUUACGAGUUCAGAAUGAACAACAUUAUGCCAUGAUAAAGCCACAUCAAAGAGCGAAGCCACCACUCACGCUAAUCGACUGGCAAUUGGAAAUUUUGAAGUAAAUUCGCAUUUUUAUUGUAAGAGAGAAAUUUUGUUGAUAAACAAUGAGUAGAAUUAAAUAAAGAAGUUUAUCGGAAUAAAA